GGUGGUCUGGAUCUCCAGGGAGCUGAUGGUGCUGCGCAUGUUGUAAUGGGCCAGAGGGGAAUCCUCACCCGUGAUGCGCUCGAAAAUAUCGUUGACGAACGAGUUCACAAUGCCCACGGCCUUGGGAAUGAUGCCAGUGUCGGGGUGAACCUGCUUCAUCGCUUUGUCCAUGUAGGUGGAGUGACUCUCCUUCCUCGACCUUCGCCGCUUCUUGCCUCCCUUUGCUGACGGUUUCUUUAAGGCUUUCUUGGUUCCUUUCUUGGGAGCUGAUGUCUUCUUAUCAACCAUCAAGAUGCUCUGUAAAUGCAAGAUCUUGUUCUUCCUGUUCAGUUCAAACUCUUACCCACUACGUGGUGCUGUGGAGUGCUGAUCUGUCUAAAUUCUGCAGCAAACAGAGGGAAGACAGAGCGACAGGACUAAAUCCUGACGGGAAAGGAACUAACCAAAUAGAAACCCAAGAGCCAAUAGCAGCUCUAAAGCCAUCAACAAAGACACCGAGAGCCAGGAAUAUGAAGCCGAGGAAGAAACCAUCCAAGAUCACAUCAACAAGGGCUGCAGGGAAAGAGAAUGUUGAAACGGGAUUCGGAGAGAAUGAACCGCCUGCCAAAAGGCAAAGAAUAACAGCAGGUGCUUCCAGUCAGAUAAAUCCCAAGCACAAGAAGGUGAAGGUGUCCACCCUGAAGACUGCUCGAUGGAAACCACUAUCCCAGAGUACCAGAGACUACAUCACUACAGCAGUUGACAUUGCUGUAUAUAAUUCUUUGCCACAGAAGGGUUCCAAGAAGGAGGCCAGUCAGGAGCAUCUGAGCCAGUUGAGACAAAGGUUUCUGGAUCGAUGUUCUUCCAUCAAAGUUCCUGUGAGCAAACUGAAAGAUUUAAGAAACGUCAAGAAGUCUUGUACAUCCCAGGCAGAACACCUGCGAGAGGAUGAAGCUUCCCUGCUAAUCCUGCAGAACGAGUUGGACAAGACUCUCGAUGCAUUGGAACGGAACAGCGAAGAAAUGGAGAAGCUGCGGGAUGAGAUCAGUAGCCUGAGAGCCUUCCUGGAUGAGACGGAAAAUGAUGAAUUCCAGAAUGUGGGCACUGGGGUUCUAAACCUCCCCGAGCUCCCCGAAGCCAGUUUCCAGCAGCCCACCCUUCAGGAGAAGCUGAUGGGCAUCGGAAAUCGUGACGCACUCCUUCAGGACCUUCAAACAAUUCAACAUUCCCCCGCCAUGCAAAACCUGUUGACCUUCCUCGAACACGCCCAUGCCGAAGCUGACAGCGUCUCUCCCAUUGGCCACGGAAUUUAACUUGCCGUUAAUUUUGCCUUGUGUGUCUCCACAGUUAACUUAAUGAUUCCUUACAUUGGUGUUAUACGUAUCCAGAAGCAGAUUUAUAAUAAACUUUGUUAGUUUUAACCACA